AGGGAGGCCAAGUCAGCAGGAAAGAUUUCGUUAUCCACUGAUAGCCGUCAACAAAAAUCCUCACUUCACUUUCUCUCUCUAAAACACAGAAACUAAGCAUGGCUUCUUCUCCUUCAUCUUUGCUGCUACCCCUUGGUUCUGCAUCUGGGAAGAGUCUGUCUGCCAAUCAUCUGGUCAUUUCAAAUGGCAGGGCUCAAGGCCUACUUGUCAGGUGCUCAAGUUCUAAGACCAGAAAACACAGCAAUGGAUUGAAUUUAGCUACACGAAGGGAUGUGAUGGGAUUGCUUUUCGGAGUUCCAAGCUUCUUAAUGAACUCAGCAGAUGCCAAUGGUGCAGGCUUGCCCCCAGAAGAAAAGCCUAAACUAUGCGAUGAUGCUUGUGAAAAAGAGCUUGAAAAUGUACCUAUGGUAACUACAGAAUCCGGUUUGCAAUACAAGGACAUUAAAGUUGGUGGAGGCCCCACUCCUCCGAUUGGUUUUCAGGUGGCUGCUAAUUAUGUUGCCAUGGUUCCUUCUGGACAAAUAUUUGACAGUUCACUGGAGAAAGGUCAGAUCUACAUAUUUCGUGUUGGCUCUGGUCAGGUGAUCAAGGGACUUGAUGAGGGUCUCCUGACCAUGAAAGGAGGGAAACGCAGACUUUAUAUCCCAGGACCGCUGGCAUUCCCAAAGGGUCUAUCUUCAGCUCCAGGAAGGCCACGGGUGGCUCCAAGUAGUCCAGUCAUUUUCGAUGUGAGUUUGGAAUACAUACCUGGCCUUGAAGAUGAAGAGUGACAGAAUUUCAUUUCAUAUUGUAUUUAUUCCUUUAUUUUACACUUCGAUAACCACAGGGAACUAUAAUAGAGGUUGCCUAGAUUCCAAUUAUUCAUUUUUUAUAAAUUUUGUACAAUUAUUAUAGAAGAGGCGUUAUUCAUUAGU